CUUCCGUUCGUGCGUUUUGGUUGUGAUUCGUUGUGAAAGAGAGUCGGUUAAGCUUAGAAGUUGAAAUUGUGUUUUGCGGAGAGAAGUUAUAAGUCAUCGCCUUUCGAAUAAUUUGAAGAAAAUGGCUGAAAGUAAGGGUGCAUUGAUUGCGAAGACAGUGCAAAAACAUGCAGGCAGAGCAAAAGAGAAGUUUCUUCAAAAUUUGGGCAAAGUGGAUAGAACCGCAGAUGACAUAUUCGACGAACAUUUGCAGAAUUUCAUGAGACAACAAAAUGCCGCGAAUAGGUUGCAAAAAGAGUUCAACAAUUACAUCAGGUGUGUUCGAGCGGUGCAAGCAGCGUCUAAAACUCUCAUGGAUUCUUUAAACGAAAUUUACGAAAGUCAAUGGACUGGCCAUGAUCUUUUAUAUGUGCAAGCUCAAAAUCUCGAUAUGUUGUGGCAAGAUUUUACUCACAAACUUGCGGAUCAAGUUCUCGUGCCUCUCAACACAUAUCAGAGCCAAUUUCCAGAAAUGAGGAAAAAAAUUGACAAACGUGGACGGAAGUUGGUAGAUUAUGACAGUCAAAGACAUAAUUUCCAAUCACUACAAUGUAAUCCAAGGAAACGGGAUGAACUCAAAGUUUCUCGAGGAAAAGAAUUAUUGGAAGAAGCUAAGCGUACAUAUGAACAACUUAAUUCCGAACUUCAUGAUGAACUACCUGCCUUAUAUGAUUCACGUGUUCUUUUUCUUGUUACUAAUUUGCAAACAUUGUUUGCUGCUGAACAAGUAUUUCACACUGAAAGUGCUAAGGUAUAUUCUGAGUUAGAAGCAAUCGUCGAUAAACUUGCUAACGAAAGCCAGAGAGGAUCAUAUACACUGAAGAAGAAUACAGAACCUCAGUCUCCAAAAUCACCUAACGCCAAUUCUGCUUUAAUAAUCAAUACACAACCAGCUCAGAAUAACAUUUCACCAGCCGUGGAUGAUUCUGCUCCAGCAGCAAGAAACACAUCACCGACUACUCAAUUAAAUGGCAAUGCUAACAGCAAUGCUAACAGCAAUGAUAAUUCUCUCAAUAAUCAGGAUGCAUCUCCGCAAAACACAGUUACGGCCUCUAAGCGAGUAGAAGAGUUGUAUGAUAUUCCUGUUGGGGCAACGACUGACAACUUGCCACCUGGGGUUUUAUACAGAGUCAAGGCUACUUACAAAUAUAGACGCGAAGAUGUGGAUGAAUUGUCAUUUGAUGUCGGUGAUAUUAUUCGUGUAGUAGAAUAUGAUGAUCCAGAAGAACAGGAACAAGGUUGGUUAAUGGGUAUCAAAGAAGGUACGAAUGAAAAGGGUAUGUUUCCAGCGAAUUUCACGAAACCACUGUGAAAGCUUUAUUAAAUUCGUCUAUUACACUCCAAUGCUCACUAAAACGGCGUAUUCUAUUUUAAGAAUAGUUACAAGAUUAAAAGUGAGAAUCACACAGUCAUCUGAGAUAUUAUAUAUAUAUAUAAAAAAAAAAAAUAAUUAAUAUUAAUAACAAUGAGGGGCAAUGGGAAGGAGAAAGGGGUGUGAUAAGAUAGUUAUGCUGGAGGUACUGUGGAAAAUUAAACACCCCAAAGUGCCUUAACCCAGCCACUGUCUGUGCCAACAUUCAUUGUUUAUAAUAUGGGAUUAUUCUCCCUGUAUCCAAUGUACGAAUACACAUCAUUAAUAAUCAAAUGAAAUAUUUAAGUAAUUAAAUAAUAUAUUGUAAUACAUCAUGCAGUACUAUAAUAUAAAUCUUAUAUAUUAAAUUAAUAUUAUUUUAUGAAAUUGUACAUAGAAUUAUACAUUUUAAGAAUAUUUUAUGAAAUAACUUUGUGGCUACUGAAAUUAUUAGUAAGAGCUAAUGUAAUGUUUAAAAUAUUAUAAUGUUUUCUUUUGGCAGAGAAUCAUCAAAUCUUAAAAAUUUAAUUACCUAUUUGCAUUAAGAUUUUGUUUAUUGAAAAAAAAAUUAAAACGAAAGUUAAAUUAAAAUGUUAACAUAAAUGACAAAUGCCAAAUUUUCAACAACAAAUUUUCGAUAAUAUGUGUAUAAUGAAACAUACAAUUAAUACAUCCCUAGUUUGAUACUUUGUUAAAUGCAAUAUGUUAAAAUAUUUAAAUAAUAAGAGAGAACAACAGAAUUUUCUAUAUAAUUCUAUUGACAAGAGUAUUAUAUAUUCAAUUAAUAAUAUAUACAUAUUUGAAGAUUUGUGUUUCUAAAAUUUUAUUUAUAUUUUUUAAUAAUAUGUAUACAUUAUAUUUAUUCAGUGACUAAUUCAAUGAUAUUUUUCCAGUAUACGUAUAGAAAAUAGGAUGGUGGUGAUUAAUUAAAUUAUUACUGCCUUUACUAUAACAAGAAUAGAAUUAAUAUCAAUCAAGAUAAACAAUUUGUAGUGUUAAUUAAUACUCGUUAAAUAGAUUUAUUAAGAAAAUUUUACAUAAAAAUUAGUAUUACGAUAAUAGACGAUUAUAAAAUAGUACAAGGAGACUAUUGAUUUCAGCUUCCAUUAAGUUGUGUGUCCUUUUAUUUUAUUGUAAUGAUCUAAGAUACAGAACAUAAGAAAGUUGGAUUGUUUAUAAAUGAAAAGUUUUAUGGUUGAACGAUUGAUCCAUUGUCACACUAACUAUUAACCCCAUGUACAAAUCGAAAUUGUAGGUUAAUUAAAGUGUGAAACAUUGCAAGUGCAUGAUUAAAAAAAUAUAUUGAUUAUAUGUUACAAUUAUGUAAUUAUGAUAAUGAUAGUGAACAGACUAAUAUAUGUUUGAUAUAUGGAUUAAUAUUUAUAUUCUAUGAAGUGGACCAACAGAAAAAUAUAUGAAAAAAUAAAAAAAAAUUUUAAUAAUAAUAAUAAUAAACCAAUAAUCAUCAAUGUAUUCUGUUUUUAACUAAACGUAACUAGUCUAGUAAUUAGACUAGUAAUUCGUGCAAAAGUUCCAUGAAUUUUCAAUUCAUAUCAAAAAUAUAUAUAUAAUAAAUUUAAUAUACAAAAAAAUAAUAACAAUAAUUUUAUGAUACAACACAUCAUGCUUCACUAUUUUUACAGUUAAUUUAUUAUAUAAUUUGAAUAAAUACAUAAGUACAUUCCAUUCAAUUAUUGAUAAAUAAAUAAUUGUUAACAUAACAAUUGUUGAUAAAUAAUAAUUGUUAAAAUUUUAUUUCAAUAAUCAAUAUAAAAUUUAAACAUAAUUUGUUUCAUUGGGUUUGAUAUAUGUAUUUGUUAUAUUACACUACAAUUAAUACUUACAUAACUUAAAAGUGAAGUAUGAAAAGUGUUUAUUUUAAAUUAUUUUAUUUCGUUCUUAUAUA